GACAACUGGGCGAGAGGAGCAGAAACCUCAUAGAAACCGAACAUCCUGAAAGCGACCAGAUAGCUGUACGGCAGUCCCAGGUUGACAAGUUAUAUGCUGGUCUUAAAGACUUAUCACAUGAGAGGAAGAGCAAGUUGGAAGAGGUUCUCAAGCUGUACGUGUUACAGAGGGAGAUUGACGAUAUCAUGCAAUGGAUCGCUGAACGAGAACUGGUGGCUGGCUCACAUGAACUCGGACAAGAUUAUGAACAUGUGUCUAUGCUGAAGGAGAGAUUUAAGGAAUUCGCUCGUGAUACAGAAAGCAUAGGAACAGAAAGGGUGUCAGCAGCCAAUGAAAAUUGUGAUCAGUUAAUAGCUGCAGAACAUUCUGAUGCAGCCGCUAUUGCGGAAUGGAAGGACAAUUUGAAUGAAGCGUGGAAUGACUUAUUAGAACUUAUUGAUACAAGAACACAAAUGCUUCAAGCUUCUUGGGAACUUCAUAAAUUUUACUCUGAAUGUAAAGACACCCUUGAAAGAAUUUUGGUAAGUU